AUGGUUCUAGCAACGGGUGAAGAGCGCGCUGCACACCUGGCACGGGAGGCUGUUGAGCUGGUUGACGCUGGCCACCGAGAGGCAGCCUCACGAAACCUGCGCGAAGCAGUCUCUAUCGCCCCCGAAAACCCCGACGUGAAAGCGGCGUUCCUCAAAAUUCAACAAGAGGAAGAAAAUUGCCACCAACUACUCGAGCUCUGCCGACGUUAUACAACCCACCAGGAUGAGUCCGCCGGAAAGGAAGCCGUCGCUUAUCUUCGCACAGACGGCUUAAAGCCCCCAGAGAAUGUUGCACUGGAAUCACUCAAAUUGCUGCUGGGGCGGCCAGCCCAUGCUUUCUCCGAGAUCCAAGACGAUAUUAUCUCCGGACUAGUCCGAAACAAUUCCAGUGUUCGUCAGUACUUUUCCAAUGAGUUGCAGGUCUCUGUGACCACUUUUUUCGACGAGAUCUAUGACCGAGGCGAUGGAGCGGCGGUGUGUAUUGACACGGUGGUCUUGGACCCCAGUAUUUGGCCCUCAGAGGAGAAACGACUGCACUGUGAAAGCGAAUUAUUCCAACUCUUCCUGGCGAAGCUGAUGGAGUCGGGUCACGACCUGGAUGGCCGUUCGCUGAAAGGAAUCGCUCGGCUGCUCGUCGUCGAUGCUGAGCGACUCCAGCACCUGGUGGAUGAUGAGGAAUUCGAGGUCAUCCUGACAUCUCUUGACAACCGACUGCCGCAGGAACUGCGCAGCCAGGCCACUCUCGCCACUGCGAAGUACCUGGAAGUGGCCAAGGAGAAGGGCGAGAAGCAAUUCUUCACCCUUAUCGCAGCUAUGUUUGCAAAGGGUCGCCUGGAUGACUAUAUCAUUGCAUUCUCCGCGGUUACUGCAGUUUUUCCCGUGGCCCCCACUGCUGCGGCCAAUGUCUUCUUGUCAGAUGAGUUCAUGCGGUUGCUGACCCCAUUGGUAUCACGAGAUGCGAAGCGCAAGAAAAUCGAGGUUGGCGUGCUGGAGCUACUAAACGCAGCAUGUGUCAGUCGUCCGUGUCGUGAAGCGAUUUCUAAGAAUUUCUCUGAAUGGCUGUCACAUACCCUCACCAACGGCAGUGAUGAGGGCUCGGAAUUGGCGGCAGUGGUUCUCGCAAAGAUUCGAGCCUCGGAGGCAACCCAGCCUUCUGAAAAUGGUAAGCCCCAGGUGGAAGACAGCGGGGUCUCUGACCUGGUUCAACGUUUUAAGGGACUGAUGUCUGAAUCUAAGCCUGCGAACACCUCCCACGCCAUUGAGGGCUUGGCUUACUCCUCUGUGAAGCCCGCGGUCAAGGACCAGUUGGCCCAAGACCCCUCAUUUCUGCGCGAAUUGAUCACGGUUUUGAAACAGCACACUACUGACUCCUCUAUCCUGUUCGGUGGAUUGAUGAUUAUGUUGAACCUCACCAAAUUUCUCCCCAGCCUUUCCGAAGAGCAGAAGAAGAUGGGCCAGUUGAAGGACUACGCAGACGCCUCCGCUAGUAAGGCUCGGGCUGGCCCGGACCCCCGUGAGGAGGAAGAAGCGGUACUUGUCCGCUGCGGUCUUGUCAUCGAUGCGGGAAUCAUGUCGCUUCUUGUUGAGUGUGGCCGCCUUGCCAUGCCCGCCAUUCAUGGCCUCACGGCUCAAAUCCUAUUGGCACUGGCCCGGCAUCGAAAGUCACGAGGCCUCUUGGCCCAGCAAGGUGCCGUCAAACUUUUACUUGGGCUUGCCAUCCCUAAGCAAGGAAGCUCAAUUAUCAUCACUGAAACAACGCAAAACGCCUCUCAUGCCCUCGCUGGAAUUCUUGUAUCUGUCGACCCAUCUCUUGUGUUCCCAUCUUCCGGAUUCCCUCAAGUCACAUCUGCUGUACGCCCUUUGCUAUCCCUUCUCACAUCACCCGAGACCGGGUCGGUCUCUGGCGACCAACCCCGUGACCUGCUACCAGUGUUCGAGGGCUUGCUUGCCUUGACAAACCUUGCUUCCUACCCACAUGAUGAGACACCCGCCGACCUCAUCGUCCGAGAGGGUUGGUCCUCGGUGGAAGAUCUUCUUCUGUCCAGUAAUUCUCUUGUGCAGCGGGCUGCCUGUGAACUGGUCUGCAACUUGAUGACCAUCGAGUCUGGGAUUGUCAAGUUUGCCGACGGCUCGAAGCGUGCUGCUCAGCGACUCCACAUCAUUCUGGCUCUCACCGAUGCAGAUGAUUUUGCGACGCGGCGUGCGGCUGGCGGGGCAAUCGCCAUGCUAACGGAGUAUGAUGCAGCCAUUGCGGCGAUAUUGGAACGACCGCGCGGGGUGGAGUUGCUCCUGGGACUCUGUCAAGAAGACGACGAUGGGCUUCUUCACCGGGGGGCGGUGUGUGUGCGCAACCUGACCUGCGCAUCUGGUGACAUUGGGGCACGUGCCAAGGAGGCAGUCCGCGUCGCGGGGGGUAUUGACACAUUGACUGGUCUCAUCAAAAAAUCAUCCAACCCAGCCGUGUUGCAGUCCGCGGUGGAAGCAUUGAAGCCGCUGGUCCAGCAGUAG